AUGUCUGAUCCGCGCCUUCGUCAGCUAACCAUCAAAACAGGUGUUGUGAAGCGGUUGUCGAAAGAAAAAGUUGUGUACGAAAAGGAAGUCGUUACACAGCAGAACCGCAUCGACAAGCUGAAAGCGUCCGGUUCGGAUGAUCAUGUGCUGCGCAAGCAGGAGGAAGUGUUGCAGGAAUCCAUGAUGAUGAUUCCGGACUGCCAGAGACGUUUGGCCAAAGCUCACGAGGAACUUUCGGAAAUGAUAAAAAACGAAGAGGAACUCAAGGAAACAGAACAGUAUCAAGCAGCCGUGGCAGUGUUGGAUGAUGCCAAAGCGAAUCUUCCACAAAAGAUUACGGCGUAG